AUGAUCAAGCGAACUCUAAAAUUCACGGAGCCCAUGCGAUUCCGCGAACCUCUCACAGAUGGACAACAACCGCCGGAGAGCACAGACCGAUGGGCUCAACAGCACCAUGUCAUCUGCGUAACUGAUGCUAUUCACACAGUGACCAUCGAUCGAGCAGCCGACACGUGCGCCACCGAGCGCCUCGAUCAGCUCAUUUAUAUACAGGUUGAAAAGCGCCGGUGA